CAGUUCUGUUCUUACAGUAGGACGACCUACCGGCCUUUGUGUGUUAUUUAUUUAAUACUUCAAGGUAAUGAGCGUAGUUCGCGUUGGUAGCAGAAAAAGCGAACUUGCUCUUGUUCAAACUAAUAAAGUUAUUGACUUGCUAAAGUUUCACUAUCCGGAGAAAAUAUUCGAAGUAGUUACAUAUGAUACCCUUGGAGAUAAAUUUAACAGUCUUCCCUUACCUAAAAUAGGAGAAAAGUCAUUGUUUACUAAAGAACUUGAACUGGCCCUGCAAAGAAGGGAAGUAGAUCUUGUUGUUCAUUCUUUAAAAGAUCUUCCAUCCAGUCUACCUAAAAAUUUAAGGAUAGGAGCUAUUUGCAAGCGCGAUGAUCCCCAUGAUUGUGUUUUAUACCACCCCAAGUUUGGUAGUAACGUAACUCCCACCUCCCUGAAUUCUCUGCCGAAUAAUUCCACUGUAGGUUCGAGUUCAAUAAGGCGGAUUUCCCAGUUAAAGCAAUUAUACCCUCAACUUAUUUUUUUGGAUAUAAGAGGAAAUGUUAACACACGACUGAAAAAACUUUGUGAAUGUGACAAGUACGAUGCAAUAAUUUUAGCCAAAGCGGGAGUUGAUCGAAUGGGUUGGCAAGAUCGGAUUGGCCAGAUUCUGAAUGGCGAUGAGUUCUUCUACGCAGUCGGUCAAGGCGCGCUCGCGGUUGAAAUAAGAAGCGAUGAUGAUGCCACUGGAGGACUUGUGUCCAUCAUCAACGAUAGGGAAACGGAGCUUUGCUGUUUGGCGGAGCGCGCUUUGAUGCUUCACCUUCAAGGAGGCUGCAGCACACCCAUUGGUGUAAAAUGGCAUUCGCAAGGAAGGCAGUCUGCCGUACUCGAGGCUGCGUGUUUUAGCGUUGAGGACAACCAGAGGGUGACUUACAGGGCGACUGUCGCCAUGCAUACGAGGGAGGACGCGGAGAAGCUCGGGCAGUACAUCGCUCAGAAAAUGUUAGAGGCUGGCGCCGAUACUCUUUUGCGGGCUGCCCGCGGAAUUUUGGCUACAGGCGGCCAGAAUAUGCAAUAA